AUGCCGUUAUUCACACUCUCCUCGCUGACCUGCCAUCGCUUUGUGAUCACAUCCAUUACAGUAUCGAGCAAGGCGCUGUGCGAUGCCUUCUCUACAAAUACCCUCUAUGCCAAAGUCGGUGGUAUACCCGUCACGGAGCUGAACAUGCUCGAGAGGGAGUUUCUUCGUAUGAUCGAGUGGCAGCUAACGGUUAGCAUCUCAUUUCCCUCAUAUAUCCUCCGCGCCUGCCCCUGUGUCACAUCGGAACUGAAUAUUUCCUUCGUCGUCCUUGGGCCCCUUGGCCAAUUUUUUAUUGGCGGGCCCGAAUCUUCCAGCAGCAUCUCUUCGGACAGCGAUAUGGAUGGGGAUGGCGGUACAUCGCGCCCGACAUCUCCAACGAUUACAGUGGUCAGCCGCAACCGGGAGGCGUCCACUAUUCUUAUCGAUACGGCGACGUUAUCCCCUGAAUCACCGCGCCCUCCUACGUUGGAACAGAACAUGGCAUUUGCGGACUUUCAGCAGUCGUUUCGAGGAGGCUGA